AGAUUGUACCGCUGCACUCUAGCCUGGGCAACAAAGCAAGACUCUGUCUCAAAAAAAAAAAAACAAACCCAACAUAAAACCAACCUUAAAGCCCUGAAGGCCAGACAGGUGAUAGAAAAUGUGAGAGGGACUUCAGUCUCCAGUGGUUUCAGGAUGAACUGCUCAGGGACAGAGAAGCCACUCUGAGGCCAGGAGGAGCCCUUGGUACAAAAGCACCAUCUGUAACCUCUGAGUGGCUGAAUGAUGAGCACAGAACACACCUCCUUUCCUCCAUGACUUUAUGCAUUACACUGUCCCUCUGCUAGGAAUGCCCUGCCCAUCUGUCAUGGCUAGGUUUACCCACCCCCUUCUCCGUGAAGCUGUCGCUGACAUGCCCUCUGCCCUGCCUGACCCCUCUGCCUACCUCUGUCUGAGUUAAAGCCUCCUCUGGGCUCCUGUGUGUAUAAGUAAUUCCUGGCAGAGGCUGCUGGGUGAGACCUAGACCAGCCUGUGAACCCUGGAGUCUGGGGCCCUGGCCUCCACCACAUGGUGUAGCACUGAGCUGCUCAGUUCAUGGCAGGGAUGGGAUCACGGCUAAGGCUGCAGACAGCAGCACCGCAGUCUCCCACUGCUAGGGUCGGUCCGUCUGGGCAGACGGAUUGCCCUGUCAGGGUCAUGAUGUGUCCUCUUUUCAGGUGCUUCUCCCUUCCCUGGUGUUGCCUGGCACCAUGGCAAGUGCUGUUGUCCAUGUUUGCAGAGGAGGACACAUUGGUCAAAGAGGGGCAGAGCCUGGAGGCGGUUGGCACCUCCUCCCCCAGGCCCUUUCUACCCAAGGCCCCACAGGGUUUGGGAAGAGUCCGCUGCACCUGCAACAAGCUAAUUUCACUUAUCUUCCUGGCUCCUGCUACUGCUUCAAAGCUGCAUGAGCUACUUGGAGAACCUUGGCUCAGAGCAGAUGAUGCCCCCCACGCGGGCUGCGGGACCCUGCAUGUCCGUGGGGCUCACGGUGCGGCGCUUCUGGGACAGCCUGCUGAGGCUGGGCAUGCUCCACCAGCAGGCGCUCCCCCAGAAAGGGGCAAACCAAAGGGAGACCCCUACCUCCAAGCCCACUGCCAAGGACGAGCCAGCCAGGAGCCCUGAAUGUCUGACUGCCAAGUUCAUCAAACCCUCCUCCCCAAUGCCAGGCUUGCCCCAGACCUGCCAAGACCCAGAGAGCAUCCCCGUCAGACCCUCCCUGCAGUGUCCAGCCACGGCCUCCAAGAACACCAGGAGUGUUUACUCCCAGACCAUUGAGACGGCCCUGGUGCCCUGUGACGCGUGUGCCAGCGUCCAGGGAAGCCUGUCGAAGGUGGGCAAGGUGGUCAUCAGCCUGUGUCAGAGCCAGAACUUACCCUCGUCCUUAGGCCAGUUCCAGCAACUGGUGCAGGACAGCAUGGGGCUCAGGCCACUGCCAGCUGCCACAGUGGGCCGCUGGGCAGCAGAGCAGAGCAAAGACCUGAUGCGCCUCAGUAAGCAUGUGGAGGCCCUCAGGGCCCAGCUGGCAGAGGCUGAGGAGCGGAAGGAUGGCCUGAGGAAGCAGGUGUGCAAGCUGGAGCAGGCGCUGAAACAGGAACAGGGGGCACGGCGGCGACAGGCGGAGGAGAAUGAGCAGUGCCUGGCUGAGUGGGAGCAUGACAAGCAGCAGCUGCUCGAAGAAACAAGUGACCUAAAGACAAAGAUGGCCACCUUGGAGAGGGAACUGAAACAGCAGCAGGAGUCCACGCAGGCUGUGGAGGCAAAGGCCCAGCAGCUGCAGGAGGAAGGCGAGUGCAGGGCGGCGGCGGAGAGGCAGGUGCAGCAUCUGGAGGAGCAGGUGCAGCUGCUGGUGGGGCAGCUGGAGGGCGCCAGCCAGCAGAUCUGCUGGGCCAGCAAGGAGCUGGACAAGGAGAAGGCCCGUGUCGACAGCAUGGUCCGCCACCAGGAGUCCCUGCAGGCCAAGCAGCGAGCCCUGCUAAAGCAGCUGGACAGCCUGGACCAGGAGCGUGAGGAGCUGCGGGGCAGCCUGGAUGAGGCCGAGGCCCAGCGGGCCAGUGUGGAAGAGCAGCUGCAGAGCGAGCGAGAGCAGGGGCAGUGCCAGCUCCAGGCCCAGCAGGUGAGGGAGCUGCUGCAGAGCCUGCAGAGAGAGAAGCAAGGCCUGGAGCAGGUGACUACAGACUUGCGGCUGACCAUCCUGGAGCUGGAGCGGGAGCUGGUAGAGCUGAGGGAGCGGGAGCGGCUGCUGGUGGCCUUCCCAGACCUGCACCAGCCCACCGAGACCCAGAUCCAUGGUCCUGUCCCACUGGGCACAGGAGGCAGAUCGAGCAGGGUGGAGUCCCAGAUACCAUGUCCCAUAGACUCUGGCAACGUCACAGAUCACAUGGAGAGGCAAGUGCAGGCCAACGACAUCCGCAUCCGGGUCCUACAGGAGGAGAACGGGCGGCUCCAAUCAAUGCUGUCCAAAAUCCGGGAAGUGGCCCAGCAGGGUGGCCUCAAGCUGAUCCGACAGGACCAGCUCUUGUCCCUUUCCAGCAAGGGAACUCCGGGAGCAACACCGCCAGUCCAGACCCAGAGCACAUCCCCAGGGCCCCUGGGCAGACAGCACCUUCCUGGCAGCAGGAUGGACAGGACCCUGCCCAGCCAGCCCCGCACCUCUCCACCUCAGCAGCCCCGCACAUCCCCACCUCAGCAGCCCCGCACCUCUCCACCUCAGCAGCCCCGCACAUCCCCACCUCAGCAGCCCCGCACCUCUCCACCUCUGCAGCCCCGCACCUCUCCACCUCAGCAGCCCCGCACCUCUCCACCUCAGCAGCCCCGCACCUCUCCACCUCGGCAGCCCCACGCAUCCCCACCUCAGCAGCCCUGCAGCCAGCCCAGCAAGUCCUUGCUGGAGGAUGUGACCCACUCGGCCACCUCUACCCAGAGCCCCAUCAGGGCCUUGGUCAGGCUGAAGAGGAGACUGUCACCUGGCUGGGGCCAGGCCGGCUCUGCACACCAGCCCCAGGAGCGGCCCAUGUAGCCUGUGGUAGGGCUGGGGCUAGAUGGCAGGUGGCUGGCAGCUCCCACUGUAAUAAAGGCCCAGCCAAUCGCCCACAGCAAUCUUGGCCUCACAGUACGGCUGAGCUGGGGAAAGAGUCCUUCCUUCCCUGUCCUGGGCAGGGGCCACUGAGUCCCCAGCCAUGUAGGUCAUCAGCCAGCAGAGUCCUAGCCCUAUUGGCCCUCAGUAAAAGGGGCCUUCCUGCUUCCCUCCUGACAGAGACUGUGGGAUAGGAGAGUACACCCAGGGCAGAGAAAGCUCCUAGGACCUGGCCCAGGUGAAGGGCCGUCUUUCUAUCCCCAGAGCAAGGGCCCAGGGGUGAACCUGGGCUCAGUGUCUUGCACAGACUCAGAUGGGUGUCAGGUGAAGGUGGACAGAGGAAGGGCCAUUGAGGACUUCUGAGGCAGGCAGAGGGGAGCGAUGCCUUCAGCCUCCCACCCUGGCUCUGGACCUGCACUGGUUACAUUAAGGACCCACGAGGUAAGCCUCCUUUCACUGAGGAACUCCUCUCCUUUAGGAAAUGGUGCCCAUCAUGAAGGUUUCUCCAACUUCUGGAGGUCAGAGUCCAGGAGGCCACUGAAGGCAGGGCAAGGCCUCCCUCAAGCAGAGGACAUCCUCCCAGCCCUGGCUGUCCCGUGCCUGUCCCUUGCCCCCCUCCCCAGCCCAGGAUGCCAUGCAGCCGAGCAUCUGGGGCUCCCGUUUUCCUCAUGAAGCCACCAGUCUGCCCUGAGCCACUUGCCUGUGAAGGACGGUCUCCAAAAACUUGCUGAGGCCUUCUCAGUGUGCACGCUCCCAGGUGCCUGAAGCAUUUUUCCUUGGUGAAGAGGCCGUCAGAGCACCUCAGUUCACAGAGGAGGGUCAAGAGGGUCCAUGGUCAGCCUAAUUUCCUGCUUCUGAGGGGCCCAGGCACCCCCCUCACAGGGGAGCACCAGCCCUCAGCACCCUGAGCCAGGAGGCCUGUGGCCAAGUCCAGGGGAACGACCUCACAGCUGAGCAACUCUCUCAGGCCGCCACCAAUUUCAUACCCGUGUAUUCAUUAGCUCCCAGUUCUGGAGGUUAGAAGUCUAGGUUCCGUGUGGCCGGGUUUUCUGCUAAGGGUCCCAGAAGGUUGAAAUCGAGGCAUCUACCAGGCUGUGUUCCUUUCUGCUGGCUCUGGGGAAGAAUCCACUUUCAAGCUCAUUCCACUUGGUGGCAGAAUUCCGAUCCUUGUGGCCAUGGGACUGAGGUCCCCAUCUCCUUACUGGCUGCUGUAGGCCAGCUCCUGCCUCACCACCUAGAGGCUGCCCACUUUCCUUGCCAUGGGGCUCCCUCCAUCUUCGAGUCAGCAACAAAGAAUUUCUUAGGCACCGAAUCCCCCACAUGCUUUAAAUCCCUGACUUCCUCCUCUUGUACCAGGAGAAAACAACUUUUAAUGGGCUCAUGUGGUUAGGCCAAGGCCCACUCAGUACUUUCCCUUUCUUCAGGUCAAUUUGCCGUACCACAUAACCCAACCAUGAGCAUAAAAUCCCUUAGUCACAGUUCCAGAGAUUAGAUUAAUACAGGGCAUGUUCAUGGUGGGUUGGCAGUGGGAAUCUUGGGGGCCAUCUUAGAAUUCCAUUUACCACAGGCAGUAGAACCUAAGGUGACUUUUUAAAUCUUAAAACACCCGUACACAUUUUACAUCUUAUGUUAAAAUAUAGCCAUGUUUAUUUUACUAUUAAA